AUGGCUAUUGCCGAAUGCUCAAAAACGGCAAUGUCAACAAAUACUGAUUCAUCUGCUUUAUCAACAAGACAUGCGGGUAGUAGAGGAGAACUAAAUAAUAGUAGCACACCACAACUUCAUCAGCAAGCUAGUGACGAUGAAGAAAAAUGCCUUUUAACGCCAACUUCCUUGGCAGGGGAAUGUUGUGCUUCUUUCUCUCAGAGUGACACAGAUUUACUUCAAAGGCAAACAGAAACAAUUGAAAGAGAAAGAAAUCAAAAUUCAAAUAAAAAUAAUUUUUUGGAAGUCUCUUCCCCAACAGAUAUCGAAAACGAAUAUUCUUCCCCUUCCCCUCAACAACAAUAUUUUCUUUCAACUGCUUUAAUUUAUUCUGAACCAGCUUUACCUAGCGCGCAUUUAAAUGAUAUUGCUGGACAACAAACAAAUAUGUUUAAUUAUCAUUGGGCAUAUUCUGAUUUAACUCUUUCUCAGAGUUGUGCCACAGAUACAAUCGAUGCAUCUAUUAUUUCAAGUCAACAACAACCCCAAGAUAAUUCUAAUUUGAAUAGCGCCCGUAGUGAUAAAGCUUCUAGAGCCAAUACCCCAAAAUCUUCUUCCUGCCUUUUUUCCUCAGAAAGUCAGCCAUCCAUAAGUACAUCAAUUAGUUAUUUACCACACAAACAAUCAUUUUCAAUUGGAGAAAUACGGGAUACACAUUUACAAAUACAAAAACGUUAUAGACCUUCAAAGAAAAGACAUUAUACAGAUCCUGUUGAUUUUGAAGGUAUUCUUAAUAUAAUUGGAGGGUGUUCUUGGUGGCAAAUAUGGGUUUAUCUUCUAAUUAGUUUACAACAAAUUCCUCAUGCCAUGUUUAAUUUAUCUGUAGUUUAUAUGAUGUAUCAGCCAGAUCAUUGGUGUAAAGUGCCAGGUGUUAAUUCCUCCUUUCCCCCACCCCACCCCUCGUCAACUCAAUUUUCUUCUAAGUCGCCUUACCACUCUACAACUACCUCCCCUCCAAAAACAACAACACAAAGUCCUUAUCUUUGGGAUUUAUCAGAUGCAUUACAGGGAUCUGUAGUUUAUCCAAGAACGAGAAAUAAACAACGAGACACGCUUAACUUCCAUUCGCAGUGCCAUUUUUAUGAUAGGGGAGAAGAAAGAUAUGACCAACUCAGACGAGUGCCUUUGGAUGAAGCCCAAAAAAUUGUUAACGAAAGUGGGGAAAGUCCGGAUAUAGUAAAAUGCCAGGAAUGGUAUUAUGACCAAGAUGUUUUACGUUCAACAAUUGUGACAGAAUGGAAUUUAGUUUGUGAUGAUAAUUUUAAAAGAGCACACGCUCAUUUAUUUUAUUCUUUUGGAUUUUUAUUUGGUUGUUUAUUGGGAGGUUUUGCUUCGGAUAGAUUUGGAAGAAAACCAACAGUUAUUGGUUUUGGUAUUCUUUCUUCUUUAUUUGGCCUUUUACUUCCUUAUUCAACAUAUUUUCCUAUGUUUUUAUUUAUUCGAUUUUGUGGAGCUGUUUGUAAUGAAGGUUUAAAAAAUAACAAAUUUAUUAAAAUUAAUUUUUUAGCUGCUGAUUUGGCUGCUUAUGUUCUUUGUAUGGAAAUUACUGGGACAAGAUAUCGUGCAAUGGUUGGUAGUCUUUUACAAGCUCCCUGGGCUGUUGGUUAUGCUACAUUGGCUUUGAUUGCCUAUUUUUGUAAAAGUUGGCAAAAUAUACAAUUAAUUACUGCAGCACUUCACACAAUUAGUAUUUGUUUAAUUUGUGUAUUACCAGAAAGUCCUCGUUGGUUAAUUGUGAAUAAUCGAGUUGAUGAAGCAGAGAAUUACAUUCGACGAGCUUGUAGAAAACCUCCAUUUCCUUUCAAUCUCUUUGAUUUUAAUAAAAGUUCAUUACCUUCUGAUUUAGAAUUGGUAAAACAUGCAGAACAACGUAAAUGGGUACGUCGUGAUCAACGUGCAAAUAUUCUUCAUUUACUUAAAUCAAGAGCUCUCUGUAUGAGAACUGGGGUUAUUUGUAUUGUUUGGAUUGCUACUGCCCUUGUAUAUUAUGGAUUAAUUAUUGCUCUAUCUGACCAAUCUGCCCCCGGCCGUGUUCUCUUUUCUGGUAAUUUCUUUUUAAACAAUGCAAUUGCUGGUGCUAUUGAAUUACCAACAUUAAUAUUUUGUGUUUAUUUAAUGAAAUUUGGAAGGAAACGUUCACAAAUAUUUACACUUGUUGGGGCUGCUCUUUUUAUUAUUUUAGCAAUGUGUGCAAUGAAUUUUGGAAGUCCAAUGCUUUCUUUAGGAUUAAUGCUUGGUGGAAAGAUUUUUAUUCAAGGCGGUUUUAAUAUUCUUUAUAUAUUUACUUCAGAAUUAUAUCCAACAGUUAUUAGAAAUAGUGCAGUCGGUUUCUGCUCUAUGAUUGCCCGUUUUGGUUCUGGCGUUUCCUCUUAUAUUGCAAUUCUUUCGGACGUUACACUUGCUUUUGUGCCUAUGAUUAUAUUUGCAACAUUUUCUUUAUUUGCUGGAACAUUAGUAAUGCUUUUACCAGAAACUCGAGAUCAACCUUUGCCUGAUACUUUACAAGAUGCUGUGACAAUUCUUAAAGACGAUUCUCGUCCUUAUCAAUGUCGGGGUUUUGGCUCUAUUUUUCUUGGAACUGAUAAAUAUAGUAUUUCGAUUACUGAAUUAGUUCAACAUCAAAAUGAGGAGGAAGAAGAAGAAGAAAUAGAAGAACAACAAACAGAACGUGAUGAAAGUAGUGAAUGUGAGGAUAGAAAUUGUGGGGGUACUUCAGAAGUUGAUGAAUUAACAAAUAAUAAUGAGGAUAAUGAUGGUGGUGGUUACAUAUUUUGGAAAAAUGGAAUGUCUAGCAAUAAUGAACCUUUGCCAAGUAUUCCAGAAGAAGAUCAUCACCAAAUAUUACAACAAAAACUUUCGUCUUCAUCUAAAAAUUUUACUGAAAAUGAAGAAAUUCCUUUAAUUUGUUUAAGAAAUCGGAAAGAUAAAAAUGAAGAAAAAAUAAAAAAAGAAAAUAAAUUAAAUUCUUCUUCAAAUAAUUUAUGUGAAAAUGAAAUUAGUGUAUCCCCAUUAACUUCUCAUAGUGAAUUUUCUCUUUUAAUUAAGGAUGAACGAUUGGAAAGUACUAAUACAAUAAUUCCAUCAACAACAUUAAUUACUGCCUCAUCGGUUGGGCAACUUUCUCCUUCAGGAGUAAAUAUAGCACAACAAGCAUUGGCUAUUUAA